AUGUACCUACCAGUACCCUACGUCCCUGCAGCAACACCCUGGAAUGAAGGCACCACUUGCCCCCCUCCCUCCCCCUCACCAGCGACCAUCUCACACCGUUCCUGUUACACAGUACCGCCAUGGUACCGUACCAUGUUCGUCUAUCCCGCUCGUCGUCGCUUGCCGCCACUGACCGCUGAAACAUGUGCUGCCAAAAUGGCCACACCAGUGCCGUCGCCAGCUACCCGUACGCGCACUCCAUCUGGCGCGCAAGCACCACAGCCUUUCAGGUACCCGUACCAUUCGGCAUGGUGCUACUCGAGCCCGUUGCGACGCCGCACAGCGUGGCACUCGAGACAGCCAACCACGGCGCCCAUGUCUGGACCUGCUGGCCCCCCGCCACCGCGCGACAGCAACGUGGUCACGCAAGAGCCUCUUCCGGGUUCGCGACGCAGUAGCACUCGUCACAGCUAG